AUGUCCCUGUCACUGUCUCUAAUUGUGAUGGGUUGGGAGGAUGUGGUCCCUGGAGCCCCCAGCUGCCUGAUGGCUCCAGAGACAGGCAGGGACAGGACCACAGCAAGACCAGGCCUUUGGGACAAGCCGGAAGCCACACCUACAGGAUAUUACACGGAAAAAGCUAAUCAGACCUCUCCAGUGCUGGGGUUCAUUCUUCUGGGCCUCUCAGCCCACCCGAAGCUGGAGAAAACGUUCUUUGUGCUCAUCCUGCUGAUGUACCUGAUGAUCCUGCUGGGCAACGGGGUCCUCGUCCUGGUGACCGUGUCUGACUUCCGCCUGCACACGCCCAUGUACUUCUUCCUGGGGAACCUCUCCUUCCUCGACAUCUGCUAUACAACCUCCUCGGUGCCUCUGGUCCUGGAUGGCUUCCUCAAUCCCAGGAAAACCAUCUCCUUCUCAGGCUGUGCCGUACAGAUGUUCCUCUCCUUCGCCAUGGCGGGGACAGAGUGUGUGCUUCUGGGCACGAUGGCAUUUGACCGCUACGUGGCCAUCUGCAACCCCCUGAGGUACCCUGUGGUCAUGAGCAAGGCUGCCUACGUGCCCAUGGCUGCUGGCUCCUGGGCUAUUGGUGGUAUUGCUUCUCUGGUACACACAUCCUUGGCAAUUCAGCUGCCCUUCUGUGGGGACAAUGUCAUCAACCACUUCACCUGUGAGAUUCUGGCUGUCCUGAAGUUGGCAUGUGCUGACAUCUCCAUCAAUGUGAUCAGCAUGGGGGUGACCAAUGUGAUCUUCCUGGGGGUCCCUGUGCUGUUCAUCUCUGUCUCCUAUAUAUUCAUCAUUGCUACCAUCCUGAGGAUCCCCUCAGCUGAGGGAGGAAAGGCCUUCUCCACCUGCUCUGCCCACCUCACUGUGGUGAUAAUAUACUAUGGAACCUUGUUUUUCAUGUAUGGGAAACCCAAGUCUAAGGACUCCCUGGGGGCAGACAAAGAGGAUUUUUCAGACAAGCUCAUCUCCCUCUUCUACGGGGUUGUGACCCCCAUACUCAACCCCAUCAUCUACAGCCUCAGGAACAAGGAUGUGAAGGCUGCCCUGAGGUACCUGGUGGCUCAGAAAUACUUCAGUCAGUGA